CAACGUCUAAAUGUCAAGAUUCUUGGCAAAACUUACCUAUACCUAUAGCAUCAUGGAUAAUAAUUUUAUAAGUUUAAGUUUUAUGCUUUAAAUCUUUAAGUAGGUUCACAAAAACAACGAAUUCCAUGAUUAUACUAGUAUUAUUGAAUGAAUGAAUAUUUAUAUAAACCUUCUAAUUCGCUCAGGUGUCUCAUAUUUACCAUCUUCUGAUUUUAAAAAAAAUCAGAGAAGUGUUUGAUUUGCUCAGAUAUUAUCAUUACAGUUCGAUAUGCUAAGUUAGUUUUUGUAUGUUUUGAUAUAACUUUUUAGACGUUGACAGAGGUAUUAGUGGAGCGUAGCGGGAACGAUAACUCUGGGUAGAGAUUGACCGCUUUUAGCAGAGCUGACUAUGGCGAAGACCUGUAGCUGUAAGCAGUAAUGUAAAUUUCCUUGUUAAAUUAGACCAGUCGAUUGACGGCACAGAGGAUGACGUCGAUAAAAGCGGGAACCAGAGUAGUAAGAGGACCAGACUGGGCUUCCAAAAAACAGGACAAUGGGGAAGGCUUCCUGGGGACUAUCAUAUUUGUCCCCAAGUCUGGUUCUAGUGAUAACCAAGUAACAGUCAUUUGGGACUCGGGACGAGAGUUACGAUACAGGGCCGGGCAUGAUGGGAAGUAUGACCUCCGAGUGUAUGACACGGCUCCAGCAGGAAUUAAGCAUGAUGGAGUAACAUGUGAUGCCUGUGAUGAACACCCGCUGAAAGGGAUACGAUGGAAGUGUUCCAAUUGUGAUGACUAUGAUCUUUGUAAUCUCUGUUAUAUGAAUGACCAACAUGAUACAGGUCAUAGUUUUGUCCGUAUCGAUACAGACCACUGCCGUGCAGUGCAUAUGCCCCCCAGGAAGACGAGUAAAACCAUAAUUGUCAAGGGGCUGUUCCCAAAGGCAGAAGUUAUCAGAGGCCCACACUGGAAAUGGAAGAAUGAUGAUGGUGGUGAGGGGGAGGUUGGGAGGAUACAGGAAGUGGUGAUGUGGGAUAAAAAGUUCCACCGCGGUGGUGUCAGAGUUCAGUGGAAGAAUGAUUCGACCUCUAAGGAUUACAGAGUUGGGGGAGAGGGGUGUGUGGAUGUUAUUUACACCCGCAUGAAAGAGACGGCAUCCGGUGGAAAGUAUUACCCAGAUCAUAUUCCUGUCGUGGAUGUUGUCAAUCCUGGUGUGAUUCUUCUCAAACCAGGAGACAAAGUGCGGAUACAUUUGUCCCUGAAGGACUUCAGGAGGCUACAGGACGAUGAUGUUUACGGUGGAUGGGAGGACAAAAUGGAAGAGUGUGUCGAAAACCUGGGAACAAUUGUCCAGAUAUUGUUUCAAGGGAAGACAUGUCGUGUACAAUACGAGGAUGGAACUGUGUGGAGUAUUAACCGGGCAGCAUUAACCAGGAUUCACACCUUUAAACAAGGCGAGCCAGUGACAGUGCUAUCCGAUUACAAUGUUGUCAAGGACCUUCAGGAGGGCCAUGGCGGAUGGAACGACGACAUGAAACCGGCACUUGGGAAGAAUGGUCGUAUUGUAAAGGUUGAUCCAGAUGGAGAUAUACGAGUGAAGAUUGAUGAGAGAACAUGGAUAUUUAGUCCAGUCUGCAUUAUGCCUGUAGAAAAUGCAGAGGUUGCAAAAGAAAUCCCAGCCAUUCCUGCUACAGAGUGUUCUGACUCAGACUCAGAGUCGACAGCUGCUCCAACCAAUGAUGUUGCAGAGGCCAUAGCACAGUUGUUUGUAGACAUGUUGCGUGGAAUGCCCGGCCAUGCCGCCGGAACCAUCAGCAUUGUACAGGCAGCAGGUCAGGGCGACCUUCAGGCUGUCAAGGAGAUUAUCAAGAAAUUCCCAGAGAAGGUGGAUCAAACAAUUGAAGGUAAAACAGCCUUACAAAUUGCUGCCUAUGAAGGCAAUGUGGAUGUCGUCCAGUUCCUGCUGGAGAACAAUGCUGACCCUAAUCUCAAGGACAAAGAGGACGAUAGUCCGCUACACUAUAGUGCUUUUGGAAAGGAACAUAAAACUAUGGGAGAACUUCUGAAGAGAGGUGCUGAUGCCAACAUCGUCAACAAAAGCAAGCAGACUCCUCUACACAUCUCCGUGGGAAAGGGAAGUGUGGAGUGUGUCAAGCUACUCUUGGAACACAAAGCCAACCCUUCUCUGAAGGAUAAGGAUGGCGACACUGUGAUGCAUGAUGCCAUAAGUCAGAAGGAACUACAUUCUGAGAUUAUACAGUCUGUCAUAGGGAGUCGUCUAGCCAAUUACAAGGAGACAAACACCAAAGGUUUCAAUGUUCUACAGUGGGCAGCCAUGAAGGACUCCAGAUUGGCAGUAAGCGUUGUCAUAGACAAGAACAAAUCCAUAGUUGAUGACAAAAUGGCUGAAGGCUUUACAGCUCUUCACAUCGCUGUCGCCAAUGACUUUGUAGAAAUCAGCAGUGCCCUCAUCCACAGGGGUAAUUGUAAUGUGAAUGUAACAGACAAAGACAAAAGGACUCCCUUGAUAAUAUGUGUCUCUCAAGGUCACAAAAGAACAAUGGAAGUCCUGCUUGCAGCCAGUUGUAACGUCAACGCUCAGGACAUCAAUGGAAACACAGCUUUACAUGUUGCUCAGACAAAGAAAUCUUUACCAGGGCUAAUACAAAGGAAACACGAAGACAAGAAUAUGGACACCCAGAUAAUCUGUUCUCUAUUGGAAGCUAAGGCAGACAUCAACAUUAAAAACCUGGAGAACAAGUCGCCCCUGGACUUGGCUGAAGAUGAUAUGGUGAAGCAAUUCAUGAUAUUGUUGUCUAAAAAGGCCAGCUCCUCAACUUUAACAACAACAAAGAGAGGUGUUGGGAUUCCUGCUGACUGGGAGCAAAUGGGAAAGGGUGAAGCUUUCAAAAGAGUCAGCCUCUCUCCCGAUGGAGGAGGAAUGUCACAGAAGGAAUACCAGAUGGUGGCCGACAAGUUCAGGAAAACACUUGGACAGGCCAAAAUCCUGCAAAUAGAACGCAUCCAAAAUAUGUACAACUGGGAGUGUUAUUACUUGAAACGCAUUCAGAUGGAGCAGAAGUAUGGGGGUAGCGGCUGUUCCAAUGAGAGGGAACUCUUCCAUGGUACACUGCCCAACCUUGUAGACGUCAUCUGCAAAGACAACCUAGAUUUCCGUCUCGCUGGUGAGAGGGUCGGCGCAUUGUUUGGGAAGGGGACGUACUUUGCCUCCGAUGCGAAAUAUUCUGAUCUAUAUGCCCAAGUGGACAAAGACAGAAGCAAGUACAUGUUUCUGGUCAAAGUUUUAUGUGGCAAUUGUGCUCUGGGAGACCCUAAGUAUGCUAGACCUCCACCUGUGGAUCCGAAGAACCCCAUAUCCGAGUUGUACGACUGCUGUGUAGAUAAUCUGGAUAAUCCGCGAGUGUUUUGCGUAUUUGACAAGAACCAAUAUUACCCACAAUAUCUUGUCAAGUACAAAUAAUCAACAACAAAAAUUCUAAGAACAUGACAAUUUUUUUUUUUUACUGCCUGAGUUAAUUCCUCUGGAAUAGUUAUACAAGCUUUUCUGAAUUUGAAUUCAUAUUUGCAAAUUAAAUUUUGUACUCUC